GGUUGUGAGAAAGAGGCAGAAACAUCAGUUGAAAUGAUGGGCCGAGCUGUCAGUAGUCUUAUAAAUCUCUUGAUACCAUGCAUUCCUCUGGUAUUGGGAAAGAUGGCAGUUGAUUGUGGAUCUCUAUCUACUGGACCAGCAACUUUACGAUUUGUUGGUAACGUUCACUCGCUUAAAGGAUACGGUGGCGGUGGCGAUUGCUCUUUUAAUGAAGACUUUGAACCAGGGACGUUUACUCUCAAAGUUGGUUACGAGGCUUCACAAGGGCAUAGUUGUCUGUUUAAGAAUAUCGAGAUGGGUAGCUAUGAAAUGAAGAUAGAUUCGCAUACUUAUGAAUUUCUGGAAAUCGAUGGUGACCUAAAGUUUGUGGUUGUAUGUUCUUUUUCAAAGUUCAAAGAUGAUGUUCUACGGGAAGUUCCGUUAAAAACUGCGUUUUUACCACCAAAUCUACUAGUGUUUCAAAUGGGUCGACGUACAACGUCAACUUUUGCCAUCUUUCCAAGUGACAUUUUUGAUAAUGUGAUAAGAGGAAAAAUAUUAGAAGGGCGUGUUGUGAAAUUAAGAACUCAUAUGGCAGCGAGCAAUGUGGAAACAGGAAGAGGUUAUAUUCCCUUAGUUUGCACGGUGGGUAAUGCUGACUCUUCAGUGUUGGUGCCUAUUUUAGUAGACGGGUGUGGUACCGGUUUUCCAUGGUCAUCAGAUGAAGGGUUUGAAAUGGAAGGACCCUCUGGAAUGAGCCCAUUAUUCAGGAUGUUUCGUAUAAUGCGUGAUGAAAGUGCAACUUUCCGCUGUUCCUUUAUUGUUUGUAAUGGUGCUUGUGAUGGAAAUUCUUGUGUAAUUCCCGAAAAUCGACGAAAACGAUCUUUGCAACACCACAACAUUCACAAUGCAACAUUUCAAUUUGAGGUGGAAACAUCUGCACCAUUGACAACGCAUCCUUCGGCAUCAUUAAAGGUAUUAUAGAACCCGAAUAAACAUCAUAGUGGUUCACUACAUGGCAAUAAAAACAUUUCAUCUAUUUGUUACUUUUCAUACGUGUUUUAGUCUGAGGUAGAGCUCAGCUAACUGAAAAAUAAAAUCCGAUUCGCCUGAAUUUCAACCGAAAUAUACCAUGGUAGAUAGACUAUAUUUACAUCCAGGCAUAAUAGUACCGGUAUGCUAUUGUUGGUAACGGCCUGCAUAUUAUUCGGUAGUCUAAUCUACUGGUAACGUACACGUGUUCAAGAUAUCAUUAUCUCAUCACUUAUGUUGGUCAGUUUUAAUCUUUUUUAUGGGUAUGCAUCCAUCUUUGAGUUUCAAAUUUGUAUGUUGGUCUGUAAAAAAAUUCUGUUGGAUCGACAGAGACUAUUUAAGUUAUAGACGGUUAUGCGUAUCGAUAUCUCAAGGAGAUUAAUGUUUUUGGAAAGCUUGAAAGGCGAGGUAACAUAUAUCCACUUGAAGCUUUAUCUAAAUUAAGAUAUGUGUAGGAAUAGAAACAUUAAAUGUGUAUAAAAUC